AUGGCAGCAUCAUCUUCUAAACCCUAUUUACUUGUCUCUCAAAAAAUCUUCAUCAUCAUCAUUUUCUCUUCAGUCAUAUCAUCAGUUGCCAAGGCAAAAACCAAACAUGGCUUCACCGUGGAACUAAUACACCGAGACUCUCCAAAAUCUCCAUUCUACAAUAACUACUCUACACCAUUAUCUCCCUUUCAGCGAGUGGACAAUGCUCUGCGUCGAUCCUUCAAACGAGUGAAUCAUCUGUUGGCUAAAUCUGCAGAAGUUGAUAUUGCUGAUGAAGAUGCUGAAUCUGAAGUGUUCUAUAGAGAUGGAGAAUUCCUCAUGACUUAUUCCUUGGGCACACCAGGGAUAGGCACAAAUGGAAUUCUUGACACAGGAAGUAAUCUUGUAUGGUUACAAUGUGAGCCUUGUGAUAAAUGUUUCGACCAAACACUCCCAAAAUUUCAUCCAACACAAUCCUCUAGUUAUGUGAGCCCUAAUUGUAAUACACCGCGUUGCCAAUUUGCAAGAGCUUCUGUAGAUAAGAUCUCUUGUAGCGACUCAUUGUUAUGCGGAUAUGAGAAGUCAUAUGUGAAUGGUUUUGUUUCCAAGGGAGUCAUAAGCUAUGACACGCUCACACUUAGCCUAUUAAGUGGUAGUAGAGCUGCGUUUCCCAGAACCGCAUUUGGCUGUGGACAUGAUAACGGCGGAGUUAGGGUUUCUUCGCAAACAUCUGGCGUUGUUGGCCUCGGAAGAGGACGGCUCUCAUUAAUCUCACAAAUGGGUCCUUCUUUUAAAGGCAAAUUUUCUUAUUGUUUGAUUGAUCCAUUCUUCAGUGAUGUGUCUAGUACGUUGAGUUUUGGUCAAAGUGCUGAAGUUUCUGGACCUGGGACUGUGUCCACCCCCAUUGCGUCAACAGUCGCAAAAAGCAAUUUAUAUUACCUCACGUUGGACGGAAUCAGUGUGGGAGACACCAAACUAGACUUUAUUGCAGGUAAUGUUUCAAGCUCAAACAUAAAAGUAGAGAGGGAGGGCAAUAUGAUCAUAGAUUCUGGGGCAACACUAACUGCAUUGCCAGAAGAAUUUUACUUGAGAUUUGAAGAACAAGUUGCAAAAUUGGUGGACCCUUUAUCAAGACGUGUCAAUAGCCCAAGAAAACGUCUGAGACUUUGUUAUUCAAGGAGCAGAGUUGAGAAUGUGGGAGCUCCCACCAUUGUUGUGCACUUUAGAGGUGGAAAUGUGAAGCUAAGUGCAAAGAAUAGCUUUGUUAAGGUUGCUCCUAAAGUAAUAUGCCUUGCUUUUCGCCCUGUGACUUCAACUUCAGGUUCCGGCAUCUAUGGCAUCUUGGCUCAGAUUAACUUCUUGAUUGGCUAUGAUCUCUACAAUAAUCGUCUUUCGUUUAUGCCACAAGAUUGCUCUGUCUACUGA